UCAAAAAGUGUUUUGUUCAUAUUGCUUGGUGUUUUGCAGAGCAAUUUAUCAAAUAAUAAUUAAGUAAUUGCUUGUUAAUAGUGUUAAAACUAACAAUGGCUCCUCGAGAAAGUAUAAAAGCCACUCCUAAGGUGCAACGCACCGUAUCGAAGAUCAAGGCGAAGGCGUCACCAAUUUCGACUAUCAAAAAGACCAUGGCUACUAGGAAACUUGUGGAUGGAACUCAAGUUAAAGUAAAUAACUCAACAGUGAAGACUCGUGCCAGCAUGGCUCCGCCAAGUACACCAAAGCCUAAAGAGUCGAAGCCGACUCCAGCACCCAGCAGUGUUACCAAAAGUGCCAAAAAGGUCCGGAAGCCAAAGGCCGCCCACUCUGGAGUCCCUGUACCCAGUAAAAUGCUACAGCUGAUGAAGUUACAAGCCGCAAGAGCUUUAUAAAACAUUUUUAUCUUUGAGAAGUUUGUAUUAUAGUAAAAUUAGGUUGAUUCCUGACAGGGUCCAACUUAUCAUUAAGACAUUUCUCAUCUUUACUUUUAUAUUUGUUUAUCUGUAAACAUUUUUAUGAUCUAGUUUGGUUAUGGCUAGAUUCUCUUCCCCUUUAUGACCAAUAGUGAUAAAUGCCUCUUUACCACACUUGUGAAUGACAUGACAGUACCAAGUGGUAUACAUUGUGUUUAGAACUGACAGUAGUGUCAUAACUGUGUCUAAUACCUUAGAACCUUAAAGCCUGUCCAGAAAUAUAUGAUUGUUGUCGGGAGGGCGCUGUUAUUCAGAUGUAUGGGGUGACAGUUCAGUUUAGUAUGAAGAAAAUAGUUCUAAUGAAGUUCUGUAACAUGCAGGGCUCGGAUACCGGUUAAA